AUGUUGGAUGUAACACCAAUCCAGUCUGUAUUAGACAUAUUUCUGAGACUUCCAUUGCUGUGGAUUCCGUUGAACCUCACAAAGAAGAUCAUGAUGGACGUAUUAUCUUCAGGACCCGUUCCUGGUCAUCUUGGUUUGAUUAUGGAUGGGAAUAGGCGCUUUGCCAAAAAGAGGGGUGUCGAUCUGAAACAGGGCCACACGGCUGGAGCCGAUUCAUUAACAAGUGUAAGUGGUAUCCGCCAUAUCUUUUAG